CCUGACCAGUCCGCAUAGGCCAUCUCAAAAAGAUAUGAUUCUCUGUCACUACAUCUUACGGACGUCGUGUUCGAGCGCUGAUCAGGCGGGAGUCAAAAAGUGAAGAAUGACCAAAACGAAACGAAAUGAUGUUGGCUCGGUUGCUGAUUCUUUCCACCGACACUACGCUGGGAUUUGGAGCGAAGAACGCUGGCAGACAUCCUUAUACCCUGCCUUGUUGCGGCCCACACGCUACGCAUGUGUUUUGAACCGCUACGCUUCGUGUGAAGACGUGGAACGAAAACUGCGCGCUUCGACAGCUGAUCUUGAAGCAUUGCCGCUUCCCCACGGCGACGAGCAGAAUCCACACCGGAGACCCAAGUGCUUGAUCGUCAAGACCCAAGAAAAGUCUGGAGCUGAGCAAGGCGACGAGUCGACGCAAACGGAGGAGGCGACGUUUCCUGCACCAGAAGUGACAAGCAACGGUCUUCUUUCCCACUGGAAUCUGGACGCGGCUUCCGUCCUUGUGGCAAGUCUUUUGAACAUCAAACCGGGAGACAAAGUUCUAGACCUGUGUGCUGCGCCCGGAGGAAAGUCCAUAUCUUUGUCGCAGGCGCUCUGGCCGCAUCUGCACGCUGACCGCUCGUCUCCGGAGGAGAGCACGUCGUCCAAAACACCUGUUAAGACCGGCGUCCUUCAUUCCAACGAGGCUGACGGUCGACGGCAGCGCAGGUUGGUGGACAAUUUGAAAGCGUACCUACCACGCGUGCUAUUUGAGUCUGGGCAGAUAACCGCUUUGAGAGUGGACGGAACCUCGCCCAAGGCCGAGUACGAGCUCCGGGUGAAGACAUCGUCCGGAGCCGUCUCCUACGACAAGGUGCUUGUGGACGCGCCAUGCUCGUCCGAGAGGCACAUCAUUCACGCACAUGCCAAAGCCUCCACAUCAGGCAGAGUAGCGGAAGAGAUGUCGAGCUGGCGCGUCGGUUCGUCAAAGCGACUCUCCAAGAUGCAGAUCGACCUUCUCAUAACCGGGUUGAAAGUCGUGAGGACCGGUGGCGUCGUAAUGUAUGCCACAUGCUCGAUCGAGCCAACCGAGAAUGACGGCGUCGUUGAGAAAGUGCUGGCGCAGAUCGAAAAGGAGCGAAGAAAGGGGGGAAGGUGGACUGUCAAGGUCGGGUUUGACGCCGGCGACGGCACUGCUACGCUCGAGAAAGAAAUAGAGAGCAUGUGGGCCGAGAGGACGAAGUUUGGAUGGAUUGUGCUGCCAGACCACCCCAGCUGCCAUCGCUGGGGACCGCUCUUUUUCGCGGUUCUAACUAAAGUACCGGCUUGAUGGCAGGAGAUUCAAUACGGGAAGGAGAGGAGACCGAACGCUCUAUUUGCCCUGCUUUUCUAUGCUACAUGCACAAUAACGGAUAAGCCAUUCUAUAUUAGUUGAAGCAUGCCUAAAAGGUAUCAGUCUUAGGAACUGGCUUGGCCGAAGAGUCGACGCUUCUGCGCUGAUAAUCGACGCUUCCUGGCUCCACAUUGCCUAAAAAAUCAUACUCAAAUGCUCCGUACCAGAGUCAAACACCGCACGCUCUGACUCCAGAAGGAAGGCAACACCACAGAAAUGCU